AUGGCGACGAGCAAAGACUUCAACAAUAGUAAAUGGCUGGAGAUGUUACGCCGUUUGUGCCCUUGCAUCCGCCGGCGUGCCGCUGACCGCGACGAGCGGAAGAAGCUGAAGAAGAACCAGAAGGCGCAGGCUUAUGAUGUCUCCGACACCAUGUGCAGUGGCUACACUGCCACUGCCGAGCAACAGCCGCUGCCACCGACGCUGCCACAACCGCCUUCACCGACGCCACCGCCGCCUCCCAACACCUCAGGCGGCGAGACCACAACUACUGAUGAGCUGCUGCCCACCACCAACCUGGGCAAUGGCGACGUUAAUGUUGCUUAUGACUCACUGGCCCCCACCAGCUCGCCUAGUGGAGAUAGUAAUGCUGCUGAGUUGCAGCCCCCCACCUCCUUUUACAAUGGAGACAACACUGCCGACGAUGAACUGUCUCACCACACUGUAUUCGAAGGCAGGGACACCACAUCCACUAAUGAACUGCUGACCCCCACUGUCUUGCACAGUGACGUCAUUAUUACUGCUGAACUGCAGCCCCCCACGACACUGGGCAGUGGCAACAUGGCUGCCAACGAUGAACCACCGCAUCCCACCAUCCUGGAUGUUCACGGUGCCACAUCCACUAGUGAGUUGCUGCCUCCCAACAACGCUGGCAGUGGCGACACUAAUACCGCUGAGUCGCUGCCCCCCACCACCUUCGGCAGCCGCGAAGCGUCUACCGAUGUUAAGCCACCAUGUCCCCCCAUCUUGGAUGGUGGCUACUGCACGUCCACUAAUGAUCUGAAGCUGUCCACCGCCUUGGGCACUGACAAUACUAUUCCUUCCGAGUCACGGCCCCCCACCACCUCGGGCAACUUCAAAACAGCUGGCAAUGAUCAACUACUGAAUCCCACCAUCUUCCAAGAUGGUGUCAACACCACUGAAUUACCUUCAUUGCUCCAGGUAGCUGAUAUUGCACCAUCAGCCCUACAGGGUGUGCUUCUCACUGGCCCUCCCCCAAAGCAGGCGUUCCACAAGAUUUCCAAAAAGAAAAGCCCAUCUGAUCAGCUGGUAUAUCUUCAAGGCCCUCCACCAUUUCCCGCUUUUGGAAAUAAAAUGUAA